CCUUUCUUACAAUUCAUUCACAGAUCUGAUCGGUCCAUGGCCUCCUCGACACCGGAUUCAGUUCGAUCCAAAGUAAUUUCGGCCUCCAAUUCAGAUCAAAGAGUUCGAAUCGUAGCAAAAAUCAGACCCUUUACCAAUCUGGAGAUUGAAUCCUCUAAUGGGUCUCCAAAUCCUUGUAUUUUUGUUCAAACCCCCGAGCCAGAGUCGUCAGAAAGAGUGACAAUCUCCUUCCAUGACCAAUUAACCAGUAAGAAAGAGUCCUUCAAAUUAGAUUACUGCUAUGAUCAAGAUGAGGACGUUGGACAAAUUUUCUCAAGAGAGGUAAGGCAGCUCGUUUCAGGGAUUUUCCGUGGUUUGAACGCCUCUGUCCUUGUGUAUGGCGCUAAGGGUAGUGGAAAGACAUACACAAUUCAGGGUUCCAAUGAAAAACCAGGAUUGGCACCAAUGGCUUUGGCUGAAAUUCUAUCUGCAUGUGAGGAAACUGGAAGCUCGGUUACAAUAUCCUGUUACGAGGUAUGUCUGGACCAUGUAUACGAUCUCUUGGAACCAAAGGAGGUAUCAGUAUUCGAAGAUACUGGAGGGAGAAUUGUGCUGAAGGGUCUGUCUCAGGUUCCUGUAAAGUCUAUUACAGAUUUUUACAAAUUAAAUUUUCAUGGAUGUACCUCUCGGAAGCCAGCACAGAAGCCCACAACUGAUGUUCCAUAUAGGAGCCACAAGGGCUUGAUCAUUAGUCUUUUCUCUAAUGAUAAAAAUCCCAAUGCUUGCCGUCUGGGAAAGAUAAAUUUUGUGGAUUUGGCAGCUCAUGAGAGUACCAGGAUGGACAAGUCACUGUAUGCCCUGCAGAAUGUUGUGUAUGCUCUGAAUGUCAAUGAACGGGUUCCAUACCGGGAAAGCAAACUCACCCGCAUGUUGCAAGACUCUUUUGGGGAACCAAAGCAAAACUUGAUUGUUACUUGUUUGAACCCCUCUUUUUGCCAAGACACCAUCAAUACAAUCAGUUGGGCUUCCAGAUCAUGCCUUGUUCUCAACCGUAUCUGCCCGGAUUCUACCAAGAAGACCAAGACUGUAGGAAAAUCAAUGGUCUUCUGCACUCCAAAAUCUGGGAAAACCCAAAACCUUACUGCUUCUACAAAGAAACAGAAUAGCUCCAAAUUGGAAUACUUCGGGAAGAAUACCAAUGGGGUAUCAUCAGCAACAAAGGGAAGGAAAUUGUUUGAUAGAGCCAAUACUACCUUCAACUCAGAGCAGAUGGUGUCCAGCACUUCAGAAGCUGGGAAAACCCAAAACUUCACCGCUUCUACAAAGAAACAGAAUAGCUCCAAAUUGGAAUUCUUCAGGAAGAAUGCCAAUGGAGUAUCAUCAGCAACAAAGGGAAGGAAAUUGUUUGAUAGAGCCAAUCCUACCAUCAACUCAGAGCAGGAAAUUUCAUUGUCAAGUGUUCCUCAUGCAAUAGAACCUUUUAGAGUAAAUGAGAGUGUUCGUAGUUUGCCUGAGGUUAGCAUUGGAACUGAAUGCGAUACAAACGCAUUGAUUGUAGCAGAAGAGAAGGGGAAUGAUAUUAUUGAUGAAGUUAGCUCCAGCAUAUGUGUAACAAAAGGUGAUGUAGAUAAAGAAAACAUAAGUACCAAUGAAGAUGGAUCACCACCAUUAAGUGCAAGAAUAAGAGAACUGUCAAACUCUUUGAAGGCUCUCUCUUCUUCAACCCCAUUGAACAUAAAGAUGCCAUUAGAAGGUUGGAAUUCACGCAAUAAUGAGGUCGGCAAAAAUGUAGUGGAACCAAAAACUCCCAAAAUCGAGCAAAGUGCGAGAUCAAAUGAUAAUUUGGAGAUUGCAAUAAUUGGAACUCCUCGUGAAAAAUUUAAUUUGUGCAGUUCUGGGCUGAAGAACUCCCUCAUCCAAGAAUUUCUGAAGUUUUUAAAUACUGCCAACAAGGAAGAAUUAAAAGGAAUGAAGGGAAUUGGAGAGAAAAGAGCUAAUUAUAUACUUGAACUUCGUAACGAAUCUCCAGAGCCCUUUAAAGAUUUGAGUGAUCUGAAAGACAUUGGCCUUGCAAUGAAGCAGAUAAAUGAGAUGAUGAGAAAGAUCGCUGGUGGACUCUUCAAUUAGCUUGAUUUUGUGCAAGGAAUCCCAUCUACAUGCUCGGAUUUCUUAUUAUUUGGUACUUGAAGAAUAUGAAACAUUGGCAACUUGGAGUUGCCUUUGUUCCCUGUUUUUUCUUUCCUGUGU